UUGUUCUAUGACACGGUUUUAUUCUCAAAGAGAUUGAGGAAAUCAGUCGGAGGAUAUGAGACAAACGAUAACGGCUGAGUGGACUCUGGGCUAGGAUGCGCCAAGGGGACUGCCUAUCCAAACUGACAAUUACACACCUCUGAGGGAAAUGUAUUGAUUUCCGAAUGGAUUUUGUUCUACAUUGCACGAAAUGGAAGGAAUGUUUUUGAUUUCAAUCAAUAUAGCCUACCACAUUUUGACCUAGGAUAUUUUAAUGCGUGUUAGCCAAAUUGUUUUGUGUUGCAUGCCUCUACUCGUAGACAGCUAGAAAUGUCUUUGUUGGAAUUGAAUAUGCGGUGUGGUGUAAAACAUACGCCUACUGAACAGGGAGAGAAUGAUUCUCAUUUACCGGGAAUGAACACCACACUAAUCCCGUGUCAAAACGGUAGUGGUAUUCGUAGGAUGAAAUACUACGAUAUAACAUGGACAGUGUCAAGACUCCGCGCAGUGGCCGAAUGUCUGAGACAACUUCGGCUGCUUUUUGAGGACUGUUGCGAGCUGGAUGGUCCUAACCAGCUGAAUGUGUCCAUGGGGCUCCAGGCCCUACAGCAGUCUCUCCAGCCCCUGGCGGAAUGCUACCCAUCCACGGGUCGGCCUCCAGUCAGCCACGCCUUCACCAUGCUGCGUCUCUCCCUCACAGAUGUGAAGGUCCCCAGCAAAUCGGAGACCAAGCGCUACAGUGAGAUCUUCCGGGACUUCGAUAAUUUUGAACUCUCUCUGGUCAACUCCACUGUAGAGGAGAUGUUUCUAGACACUGACUCCCAGUCAAUCGCUGAGACCGUCUCUACGGAAACCACCGACAACACCGAGCUGGAUCACGUGACGUGUGAGGAUGUCUACCCCCCAGAUGGUGAUGACAAAGAUGGAGGUCUAUCAGCCCAGGAAGCAGACCUGGCCCUGUGUCGCUGUGAGGGAGGCGUGGAGCUGGCCCUGCAGUAUGCCAAGAUGUGGUGCCGCUACGCCAAGGACCUGCUGGCCUGGAUGGAAAAGAGAAUCAGCCUGGAGCAAGAGUUUGCCAAGAACAUCGUAAAGGCAGCAGAAACAGCUAAGUCCUGUGUGGCUCAGCAGGACAUGAUGCCUCUGCAGUACAUCUACACCAUGGCCCUGGAGCACGACGUGAAGACCAGCCAGUCUACUAAACAGACAUCAGAACUGCUGCAGCAACGCUGCUACCAGGCCCUGGCAUCCAAGAAGAAUGAGAUUGAUAAGUGGCGCAGGGAGUUCAAGGAUCAGUGGUCCAGAGAACAGAGGAGGAUGAAUGAGGCGGUGGCGGCUCUGAAGAAGGCUCGUCAGCAGUACCUGCAGCGCAGCGAGGACCUGGAGAAGACCAAGGCGGUGACGGCCAAGGCCGGGGACGAGCUCACAGCGGGAAACAAGACCCUGGACAAGAGGAGGAAGUCACGUGACGACGCGCAUUCAAAGGUGAUAGAGGCAGAGAUGCAGUACAGACAGUGUGUGUGUGAGGCCCAUGACCACCAGGGCAAGCUGGAGAGAUUGAAGGAGAAAAUCAUAGUUCACACCCGCAAACUCAUCUGCCAGGGGGACACUGUGCUCAAGGAGGCCACAGUGAACAUGUUCUACUUCCAGCGUCAGCAGACGGAGCCGGUUCCCCUGGGUUACCACAACCUGGAGUUGACCUGCAGGCCGUGUGAACCCGGGGAGCCCUACCUGCUCUACAUCUUCAGGAAGAGAAGCCAAGAACAACCCCUACAAACCUUCACCUUCCAGGAGUUUGUCCCUCAGAACAAGAGUGGCCGUCGUAAGACCAGCAACCCCAGCUCUCUGCAGGACUCCUUCUCCCUGCCUGAAGAAAGUCCAGUUAAACGAAAGGGCUACAGUGACAGUGAGAGCAUAGGAGGCAGUCUGGAAUCUCUGUCCAGCCCAGCCCAUGGCAACAGGAUGCUUCUUAAAGCCCCCUCCACAGGGACCAUGUCAUCAGACGACCUGGAUGAGAGGGACAUGGGCACCGUCCUGGAAGGAGAUUGUGUGGACUCCACUCCAGAGGGGAACGGCACGGUGGGGAAGGUACGGACUACGUCCCGAGCCGCGCUGACGCACCGAUUCCGGAAGAUGAAGAGCAAGAUGGUGAAGUGCAAACAGUGUGACACCUACAUCGUGGUCAACGGCAUCGAGUGUGAGGAGUGUGGCGUGGCGGUCCACAGGAAGUGUCUGGAGGUGUUACAGCAUGAGUGUGAGAACAGGAAGGGCGUUCUGUUUGGCGUGGGUUUCUCCCUGUUGCCCCGGGACCGGCCUGACGAGGUGCCCUAUGUGGUCCAGCGCUGCACGGCCGAGAUAGAGAGCAGGGCCCUCACUCUACAGGGGGUGUAUCGUAUCAGUGGGUCGAAGCCUCGUAUCCAGAAGCUGUGUCAGGUCUUCGAGACCCAGGGGGACCAAGUCGACCUCUCUGACCUUUCACCUCAUGACGUCACCUCGGUCCUCAAACACUUCUUCAAGGAGCUUCCAGAGCCGCUGUUGACCUUUGACCUGUACAAUGACUUCAUCGGGGUGGGCAAGGAGAUCCAGCGUCUCAGUGAGAGGGAGGCGGCAGCAGAGACUCCUGGCAUAGUGAAUGACCUCACAUAUAACCUGAGAGAUCUGCUGGAGAGACUGCCCCCAUACCGCUACUACACACUGCAGCAUAUGAUGCGUCACCUUCACAGAGUAUCAGAGAACUACGAGGAGAACAAGAUGUCUCCCAGUAACCUGGGCAUCGUGUUUGGUCCGACCCUGCUCCGCCCGCUGGUGUCUGUAGAUGUGUCCAUGAUGGCCCUACUGGAGACCACCUACCAAGCCCUACUGGUGGAGUUUCUCAUCACACACCACCAACACAUCUUUGAUGCUCCACCUCCCACCCCCACCACCCCCCUCCCUGACACCCCUCCCCGGGCGAUGUGUUCAGGGGGGGGCCAGAAGACUGUUGCUGGGGUUGACCCUGGGUCCCAGGACCCCCCCACUAGAGGAGCCUCGUCCAAAGAACGCCCCCGUUCCCUAGAGACUCGUACAAUCAAGAGAGACUCGAGCGAGGGUUAUAUAUCUGACAAGUCGUCGUCCAAUGAGGCAGUGGACCAGCUCAGCCCUGAAGCCAGUGAGAGAGCAGUCAUGGCUGUGAGGGGGGCAUCAACAGAGGCUGCUGCUCUGGGUGAUCUGGUAGGGGGUCCAGAGCCAGCUGACUCUCCCUCUGUGGGGACCCAGCCACGGAGCCACUUCAACAGGCAGCCUGUCAAGUACCAGCGCCAGCCCACCCCGGGUCUCCGCCGCUCCGCGGGCACUACCAGUGCCGGGCAGCUCGGGGAAGAGGAGGAGGAGGAGGAUGAAGAGGAGGAGAGGAAGAGAAACCAACCGAGGAGCGCAGACAGCAGCCGUAGCCCCUCCCCAGAACCUGAACCUGUCAGCCAGAGAAGGAGAAUCCUUCGAUUGGAGCUUCCCCCCGAGACAACUGCCUACCACCUGCUCAGCCAGGCUGGAGGCCACGACCCAGAGAGCCGGACGGAAAGAGAGAAGACACGCCCAUAUGAGGUUCCACAGGGCAGGCUGCGGGCAGGGACAGUGGUAGUAGAAACAUCAGUAGCUGAAACAACAGCAGUAGCGGCAGGAGCCAAUCCGACGCCGAGCACCGGUGCUCAGGAGGCGGGGCUUAGGAGUUGGUCUGCCACAUUGUCUCAGCUGAACGUGAACCAGUCCAAUAACAGGCAGGGGUGGGUGGGUGAGAGGCGGAGACUGAGCGGAGAGGAGGGUCUGAGUGGCCCGGCCCGGAAGAUCCUGUCAGGGCUGAAGCUCAGACGUAGCCACUCAGGACUGCAGCAACACUUUGUCUGAGGAGGAGGAAGGUUGGAACUUUGAACCAUAGAAUUAGAAUCACAUUCGAGAAUGGACAUUCCUCAUUCAAGUCAACGUUCCGUAGACUGACAGGAUUCUAUUUCUAUGGUUAAACCCAUAGAAGGGAUGAAUUGUAUUGUGUAACGUCAAGUGUUUUUUACAAAUACAGUGAAAAAUGACAUACA